CUUUAUCCAAGACACAUAUCAGUAAUCACGAUUUCGGAAUCAAACAAUCACAAUGACCAUCGCCAAAGUCCGCACGCCAUUGACUGACCCUGAGAAAGUGUUCCACUACACAGAUCUCCAGCGGACCAAGCCGACGCGAGAGAAUGAUCCAUAUGACUAUAUGCCUGGAUGGGGAAAUCGCCAUCAGUCAGAGGUGAUCCCGGGGACGCUGCCGGCGGGGCAGAACAAUCCGCAGGCGAAUCGAUAUGGGUUGUAUACGGAGGGAAUCACGUACUCUGCAUUCGCAGCUCCGAGGCAGGUCAAUAAGAGUACGUACAUGUAUCGUGCGAGGCCAUCAGCGGCACAUGGCGGCUAUAACAAGAUCGAGUCCCGAGCCCAUCUCGAGAAUUGUUUCCUAUCAUGUAAUCCUUCCGUGCAGACGUUUCCGGGACUAGCAGAAUGGCGGCCCUUCCCGCUACCACCCGCCGACGAGCCCACUGAUUUCGUCGACGGCCUGCACACGCUUGCCGGCUCGGGCGACCCGAACCUGCGACAGGGCCUCGCACUGUACGUCUAUAUGCUAAACGCAUCGAUGCCGGGCCGAGCAUUCUGCAAUAUCGACGGUGACUUUCUGUUCUGUCCGCAGACGGGCAUCCUGGACUUCCAGACAGAGAUGGGGAAGUUGCUCGUGCAACCCGGAGAGAUCGUUGUGAUCCCGCGCGGUGUCCGCUUUAGCGUCAAUCUCGCCAACGGACAGAAGGCUGCCCGCGGUUAUAUCACUGAGGUUUGGGGUGCGAUGUGGGAGCUCCCGGACCUGGGACCACUUGGCGGACACGGGCUAGCAAACCCGAGGGACUUUCUGCACCCUGUGGCAUACAUUGACGAAGACCUACAUCGACCGUUCGAGAUUGUGAAUAAGAGUAAUGGGAAGUAUGUUGCUAUCAAGCAGGAUCAUAGUCCCUACGAUGUCGUAGCUUGGCAAGGCAAUGUCGUACCGUACAAAUACGAUCUGACCAAGUUCUCAUCGCAAAAUGCAACAUCGGUCGACCAUACGGACCCCUCUGUCAACACAGUCCUGACGGCCAAGUCGCAUGACCCGCACACGCCGCUGGCCGAUUUCAUCUGGUUCGGGCCUCGCUGGGAUGUAGCCUCUAAUACCUUCCGCCCGCCAUACUUCCACCGUAACUCAGCGUCCGAGUUCCUUGCCUGCUUGUAUGGCAAGGGUCUCGGCCGUGAUGAGGGCUUCCUGCCUGGCGGCGCAAGUUUUGACGGCGGGCACACGCCCCAUGGUGGAUUCGGUGACGAGUAUAUCAACGAGAUGCAAUUGCAGGUGAAUGAGCCACGCAAGAUCUUAGAGAACCAAAUGACCAUCAUGGUGGAAAGCAGCCGCACCCUCCUCUUCACCGAUUAUGCUCGUCACGGCUGCGGUACCUUAGAGAAGGCCGCCGACCCCAAAGCUUGGGACAAACUACCCGACCGCUUCUCAUCGCACCCAGGCAUCAAGCAAUUGUUGCAGCGCGUCCGAGACGACAAGGCUGCUGCGGCUGAGCGUCUAGCUUUUUACCACGAGGGAGGGAUCGCGGGGCCGCCUCUGCCUGCCGCGUAGGUGAGGCGGGAAAGGCCACUAGGGAGUGGAGGAUGGAUAUGGUAUGCGACUAUUUCUUUCGAGUAUUCGAUAUACGCACUGUCCCAGGAUGUCCUUGUAGUUAGCCGACCACUUACUUGUAAUGAAUUUGAAAAUACAUCAAAGCACAACCGGGC